AUGUAUUUCCGGCUUGGCCAGUAUGUUGAACUUUUAAUCAUGUACAAUAUUGUCAUAUUAUUAUUCUUAAUAUUUCAUUAUUGUUAUCCAAUACCAACAUUAGAUAUUCGUUAUCCACAAUUUUUUCAUAUUGUUAAUAAUACCGUAGAAGUUCUUGAAGGUAAAACGUCUGGUAGUUUCAUUGCUUUUAUUAAUCUGUUAAAUGACAUUCCAACGGUCAAUAACAAUAAUGAAUGGGAAUUAACUUCCAGUGAUACUGAUUUUUCUAUACAAUCAUCAACAGCUUUAUCAGGACGUUCAUGGACAUUAAUAACAACAAAUAUACUUGAUCGUGAACGAACACCAUUUUAUCAAUUUCAAAUUGAAGCAAAACAUCUUGUUAAACCGUUCUAUAUAGUUAAUCAGACAGUGAAAAUAAAAAUAUUAGAUAUUAAUGAUAAUUUACCACUAUUUAAUCGUUCUCUUUAUCAAUGUAAUGUAAAACCAACUAUUCAAUAUAAUGAAUUAAUAAUACAAGUAAAUGCAUAUGAUUUAGAUGAAGGAAAAAAUGGUGAAAUUAUUUAUAGUCUUAUUAAUUAUAAUGAUUUAUUUCGAAUUAAUUUAACAGAUGGACGAAUAUUUUUUAUUGGUAAAAAUAAAUUAAAAGCAGAUACACGUUAUGAUGUUAUUGUACAAGCACAAGAUUUGGGUGAACCCCCAUUAUCUAGUACAACACUAUUAAAAGUUCAUGUUUCAUCAUUACCAACAACUUUAUCAAAUUCUUGGCAUGUUCUUACUGGAAAUGGAAAUGGUGAACAAAAUCCAAAAAGUAUUUUAAUUAUUGCCGGUUUACUAGCAUUUUUAUUUGUUCUUUGUUCAAUAAUUAUCGGCUCUAUUUGUCGAUGUCAUUUAAAACGACGAAAACAAUUAUUAAAUAAUAAUAAUAAUAAUAAUAAUAAUGGUAAUACAAAUCAUACAAAUGGUGGUAGUAGUGGAAGACGAUUAAAAUCUACAUCGUCAUCGGCAUCAUCAUCGUCAUCAUCCGGUUCCAUCACGGAUAAUGAUUUACAACAAACGAUUAAUGUUGCCAAUGGUGAAUAUUGUCAUACAGACGAUGAUCAUUUUGAACGAGCGGUUUUAUAUGAUCCAAUUACAUCCUAUCCGAAUACAUAUGUACUUUUAAAACAAAAUGAUAGUCAAAUUCCAUCAUCAUCCCUAACAUGGUAUGCAUAUGAAAGUAAUAAUACGAACAAUAACAAUAGUAAUAAUAUCCAGAAUGAUCAUGAUAAAGUGCAAUGUAAUAACUCUUCAAAUAGUCAAUUAUGUCAUGAUAAUAAUAGAAUAAAAUUACAGACAUUAUCAAAUAUUGAUAAUAAUACAAAUCAUCAGGGUUCAUCAUCUACCUCAUCGCCAGUACGUUCUGAUGAUGGAUGUUAUUGUUCAUCGGAUAUGUCCUCAGAACAAUCACAUCAUUCAACAUUCGCUCUACAACUCGACUCAUCACAAGGUUUUUUAUUAAAUCCAUCGUCGUUAACGUCUACCGAUCAACAAUUACCCCGACUUAUAACUAGUAAUCAUAAUGAAAAUUGCCGAUUAAAAACUUUGAAACAUGUAAGAUUUAAAGGCGAUAAUAAUGGAACGAUGAUUAAUACACCAAUGACAUCGGGUGUAGCCUCCAUUGAUUCUACCACGGCCAUGAAACGUUUUGAAAAUAUUUAUGACAGCAGUAGUACCUCAACCACUAUACCCAAUACAAUUGACUCCCAUGCAUCCUAUGUUUAG